CGCAAAUGUGGCUUGCCCGUACUGGCUGAGGUACGGGAUCGUUGAGAAGCGCGGCGUCUGCGGCAAUAUCAAAACAUGGCGGACUCUGAAGAAUUCAGACUUAAGCGGUUAAAGCAUGAGCAGCAUCUGUCCAGAGUGUUUGAUGAAGUCAUGGGGCUGGGAGACUUUGCUGAAUCCUCCAGAGGUUCUGCCAGUUCUUCCAGGAGUGGAGGUCAGGAUGAGACAAAAGAGGUAGAUGAAACGUCAGGAAAAGAAGAACCCCAGCAGGCAGAAGAAGAAGAUGAAGAAGAGGAAGAAGAAGAAGAAGAAGAAGAUGAUAGUAAUUCCAGUAAACAAGAGGAAAAGAUUGAAGAGCCAGUGGAAGAGCCAAUGGAAGAGCCAAUGGAAGAGCCAGUGGAAGAGCCAGUGGAAGAGCCAAUGGAAGAGCCAGUGGAAGAGGCAGUGGAAGAGCCAUCUUUUCCUCCUGUUUCUUCCUCUUCUUCUGACCGACCCUCUUUGUUUGCCAUGAGAAGGAAAAAGGGAGGUGGAAGUGGUGGUGCAGCAUUUGAUGAUGCACUGGAUGGUCUUCCCAUGUAUGGGCCAGAAGAAGAAGAUGAGGAUUGGCACUUCGCCUUGCCUGUGGGUUCCCUGGAGGAUGUCGAUGUGGAAAAGAAAAAAAGACAACAAAUCCAAGCAGAAGAGGGGAACGACUCAAGUGUUGAUGAUUCCUCUGCCCCUGAACCCAAAGGAGAGGAGGAGGAGGUACGAGAAAAGGGAGAAAGCACCGAGUCUGCCAACACUUCACACUCCUCACAGGACCCCACACCAGAGAACAGCAGAGAUACAGGCAUCCUGAACCACGGAGAGGAUACAGAAGACAGUCAGGAGGGAGAGAGGUCUGCAGCUGGAGCAGAGUACAGUAAUCCCCCAAUGUCUCCAACUGUAAAUAUUAAAGAUGAGCCCAUUGAUGAGGGCUACGACGCUGCUUUACUCCCUCAGAGUAGCAUCAAGCAGGUCAAAGAGGAGUUGGAGCAUCAGGAGGAGGAGCUUAGAAUCAGCUCUGUCUACUCUGUAGGAGGAGCAAACACCUUUGUGGCCCCUACUGUGCCACCGGUAAUCUCAGCCCCACCUUCAACGGCCAUUUUUAUUCCAGGUAGAGGGGCCGUCCUACAAGCGAUGGCUUCCCUUCCUGUCAGACCGACAGCUCAAAUCACAACUUCACUACCCACUCUGGUACCAGCUCCCCCACGGCCCCCCCUGCCCCCCCUGCCCGCUGUACCAGGAAGUGUUCGCUGCAGCGGCUGCUCGAAGGUUCUGCUGAAAGGCCAAACAGCUUUCCAAAGAAAAGGUUCAACGCAGCUCUUCUGCUCUACCGUCUGUCUAACUGGACAUCUGCCUCCGGCCGCCAAGAACAAAAUCUGUUUCCAGUGCAACAAGGAAAUCCUUCAGCCCCGGGACAUGAUCACGAUUCCGUCGGACGAAAACACCUACCUGUACUUUUGUGGCCAGUUCUGUCUGUCUGUCUUCAGGCACAAGAAGAAAAACGACAAGAUUCCUGACAAGCGGCUGGAGAAGAAGCCAGUGGAGAAAGUGCCUGAGAAGCCUGCAGAGCGGCAGUUGGAGAAACCUUUUUGUAGUGUCUGUAGAGUCACCGGGAAGAUUGAGCAUGAAGUCACCCAUCAAGGUCGCCUGCACAGACUGUGUAGUGAUGCUUGUUUUGUAACAUGGCGCAAGAUUCGUCAGUUAGCCAUGAACUGCUGUGAGGGCUGUGGACUUUACUGUAAUAGUAACUCAGGCUCCUGUCAGACACUCACGAUUGACAGAACUGAGCGGCACUUCUGUGGCCCCACCUGCAUCAGCACCUACAAACAGAGCUGCAGAAAGACAAUCGAGUGUGUCCACUGUCGCAAGAGGGUCGUGGUGUCCUCCACCAUCAUGGAAAGGGACCAAAAGGGCAAAGUUCAACUUUACUGUUCAUCUGCUUGUGUGGUAAAGAGUCGACCAUCACGACAUACUCUCAGUGGGACGGCAUUCCCAUGCUCCCUCUGCAAAGUGUCAGCUGUUCCUCAGUAUCACCUGGCCAUGGUGGACAGCACCAUCCGUAACUUCUGUUCCUAUGACUGUGUUACUUUAUUCAGGAAAUCCGGGCAGACCUCUCACCCAGACCUGACCAAUGGAACCUCCUCUCUCAGGGAUGGCCCCAAAACUGGACUUUCUGCUGGAGCUGGCUCAGUCCCGCCAAACCCUCAGGACAAUUCAUCUUCAGCCCCCUACACAAGCCCUUAUCCCAGUCAUACCUCAGUACCCCCACUAGUGCCUCCGUACCCAGCCAUGUCCUCCCCCACCGUCCCAGGACAAAACCAGGCCAGAGCACCUGCUCUGCCCCAGAAAUCGACAGAAGAUGGACAAGGUGUCGCCACGAAACUGACCUGUCAUCAGUGCAGCAGCCAGUUCAACACUAAGCCACAGCUGUAUAGUCACCAAGGUCGUAUUUCUGUCUUCUGCAGUGUUGCGUGCUCUCAACAGUAUAAAAUCCAGAAAAAUAUCCUGGCACAGUGCGAGUCCUGUAAACAAGAGAAGGUGCCGUUUGACAUAUUCAACUACAACCAACAGGACGUGGUCCUCUGCAGUGAAACCUGUCUACGGCUCUUUAAACAGGGACAGAAGGUUCGUUACAAGGAUCAUCCAUGGCGUCCUUGCUCUUACUGCUGUGGCAUCAACCACAAGAUGCUGCACAGCCACUAUGGAGGCAAGAUUGAGGAAUUCUGUAAACCCCACUGCAUGUCCCAGUACACUGUACUCUUCUAUGGGAUGGGGAGAUGUGACAGUUGUAGGAAACAGGGCUACAUGACAGAGAAGCUGCAGUGUUUGGGUUCAGUCCGUAACUUCUGUAACCUGCCCUGCCUCCUACAGUACUGCCACUAUCAUUUUGAGCCAAACCAAAACACCAGCUGUAACGGUACAGAAAAAGCCCCACAGACGCCAUAUGCUCCAACCCAGCCAUACCACUCCUCAGAGAUGAAUCCUGUCAUAGCUGGUGUCAUCUCAUUGGCCAGUGGCUCUGUCACUCAGCCCAGUAUGUCAGCAGAUACUGCUCUGACUGGAACACUUCCAAACUCCAGCACUGACAUCAAGAACCUUGACCACGCCAGCACUCAGACUGAUGCCAUGCGUGUGCCUGUGCCCCGACGACGUCAGAUGAAGAACAAGUCGGUUCUGUGUCGACCCUUCACUGUGGACCAGGAGAGCAUGUGUGAGCUGCCCGCAGCGUCCACUGAAUCAGAAGCGACUUCCUCGGAGAGAGAGGAGAAAGUGAAGGUGGUGAUGGUUCCGGUCCCAGUCCCAGUCUUCAUCCCAGUGCCUAUGAACAUGUACUCCCAACACACGCCAGUACCCGUGGCCCUGCCCAUGCCUUUUCCUGUGCCCUUGGUUGCACCGCCACAAAACAAGGACAUGAAAGAUGCAGCUGUGCAGUCUGAGCCUCUGGCUGUGGAUGAAGUGAAGCUGAAUGCUCAGCCUGUUGUUAGUGCAGACCAGAGCAGCUGCAGUCGAGACACGCAGUCUCAAGUGAAGAUGUGUGAAGACGAGGACGCUCAGCAAAAAGCAGCGGACGCUCAUCUGCCUUUGACUGCAAGUUUAGAGACGAGCACAGAGACUGUUGACGCACAACCUGACACACAGCCAGAGACACACGCAGACACACAGCAAGACGCACAAACAGAGACGCAGCAAGACUCACAACCUGACAAACAGCCAGACACACGGCUAGAGUCCCAGCCAGACGCACAAUCAGACUCACAUCCUGACACUCAGCCUGACUCACAAUCAGAGAGACAGCCAGACACUCAGCCUGACUCACAACCUGACACACAGUCAGACACCACAAUGGCAACGGAACCACCGCCUACCACCAGCGCUGAGCCUCAACCUCCACUGUCUCCGAUGAUGGACCUGGAGACUGACUUCCCGUCUGAACCAGUUGCUCAGAAGUCCUCGGCUCCAAAGCGAGGAGUGAAGAGAGCCAGAGAGGGUUCAUCCAGCAGGAAACGGGGACGAAGGCGGAACGUGUCUGUGGAGCGCAGUGCAGUGGAGAUUCCACCCGGAGCCAAACUCAACCACCUGUAUGGUGUUAAAGCCUGGAAGAGCUGGGUCCAACAACGCAACACACUACCGCCAGAGUCCAAUCAGAUGGACAUUAAAGAAGACAUCCUUCAGUGUGACUCUGCUGAGCUGAGCUUUGCUCUGUCUCGCUUCAUCAGUGAAGUGCGGCGGCCCAACGGAGAGACUUACAGCCCGGACAGCAUCUUCUACCUCUGUCUGGGGAUACAGCAGUAUCUGUUCAUGAAGGGACGGAUAGAGAACAUCUUCACCGACGAGCUCUACGUUCAGUUUGCCACUGAGAUCAGUGGAAUGCUGCAAAACUGGAAGCCCAAAUUACUACAGAGCGGCGACAUCGUCUCCUCUCGCGUUGAAGAAGCGUACCUGUGGGAGUGUAAGCAGCUCGGCGCCUACUCGCCCAUCGUGCUCCUCAACACGCUGCUCUUCUUCUUCACCAAAACCUUCCACCUGAACACGCUGCAGCAGCACCAGAACGUCUCCUUCGUCAACUUCACGCGCUGCUCCCGACCCUGCAGCCGAGCGGGCAAAGUCUUCUACCUCCAGUACCGCGGCGGUGGCUCUGCAGCGGCGCGGCGCGACGACACAGAGCGGCUCAGGAAGAGGCCGACGGAGAGCGAGGGACACCUGGAGAUUCUGGAGAAUGUCGCCAACCCUCUGCACUGUCCCGUCAGACUCUACGAGUUCUACCUGUCCAGAUGUCCAGAGUCAGCGAAGAAGAGGUCUGACGUUUUUUACCUGCAGCCUGAACGGAACGUCCACACACACAGUCCACACUGGUACACGUCUCAACCUUUAGAGGGCGCCACUCUCCAGAGCAUGCUCACACGCAUCCUGGCCGUCAAAGAGGUUCACCAGGCGCACGGAGCGGCCCAGUGUCCGACCUCGGGCUGCUCCGGUGACAGCAGCUCACAGUGAGAGGGUGAGAUCAGGUACGGACCACAGAGAUUUCACAGAGGUCAGAGGUCAGAGGUCGUCGUCCUCCUCCUCACAAAACCCCACUGUGAACGACGAGCAUGGAAAAGUGAGCUCUUUUUUUCUGCUGCUUUGAUCACGUGCAGCGGCAGAAGUCGACUCUCAGUCAUGUGACGUAGAUGCUGUUCAUCACAGUGUGAGAGGGACAGUAAACGAGAGAGGAGCGCUCCACGUGCCGUCCUCUGUCUUUACAUUGUCUCCAUCUUAUCAGUAUGCGGUUGUUUGUGGACUGAAUAUAAUAAACAACGGACGAUGAGAGUACGGCAUUUGGAGCAGGUUUUUUUAAUAAUUCAGGUGAAGAUCAUCACAAUUCAUCACAUUGGCUGAGUAAAGACCUGAUUUAUUAUGUUGUUAAACCAUCAUACGUCACUAGGGCUGCAACAAUUGAUUUACUAUUUUGAUAAUCGAUCAUUUCAG